AUGGCAUUUGUAUUGAUGGUAUGUUUGAAUCAAUUUAAGAUAAAUAAUGUAAAUUAUGUCAUAAAACAUGUUUAACAUGUGCUUAUUCAGAUUAAUAUUGUUUAACUUGUUCAGUUGAUAAUUUUAGAAUAUUUAAAUCUGGAAAUACUUGUGAAUGUAUAUAAGGAUACUAUGAAAAUUAAAUAACUUAUGCAUGUGAAUAAUGUUCAAAAUCUUGUUUAACUUGUUCAUAAUAAUAGAAUAAUUGUUUAACAUGUGAUACAACUCUUAAUUUAUCUUUAAUCAAAUAAUCAAUGUUUAUGUUCAUAAUCCUAUUAUUUUAAUUCUUUAACUAAUUCAUGUUAAUAAUGUAAUAUCACUUGUUUAGAUUGUUAAAUUCAGAAUGAAUGUACAUCAUGUAAAUUAACAACCAGACAUUUAGAUUAAGAUUAAAAGAAAUGCAUAUGUAAUGAUGGUUAUUAUGAAACAAACUAAGCAAAUUGUUAAUAAUGUCAUUUAUCAUGUGAGACUUGUAUUAAUAUCGAUACUAAUUGCUUAAGUUGUAUAAGUAUAUCGAAUAGAAUAUUAACUAAUAAUUAAUGUUUGUGUAUAUAAGGAUAUUAUGAUGCAGGAAUUGAAAUAUGUUAAAAAUGUAAUGGUAAAUGUAAAACGUGUUAAUCCUCUGCUUCAACUUGUUUAUCUUGUUAUCAAGUUGAACAAAAUAGAUACUAAUCAAUAGAUAAAUGUUUAUGUAAAUCUGGAUAUUUUGAAUCAAAUACUGAUAUCUGUUAAAAAUGCUCAAACGAAUGUCUAACAUGUUAAGGUUCGCCUGAUUAUUGUACAAGUUGUGAUACCAAUUCAAAAAGAAUAGAUUAAUCAUUUAUUCACAAAUGUCCAUGUAUAAUUGGAUUUUAUCAAGAUCAAAAUUAUAUUUGUUAAAAAUGCCAUUAUAAAUGUUAAACUUGUAUAAAUAUAAGUGAUUAAUGUUUAAGUUGUAAAUUUGAAUUAAAUUCAAACAGAAAGUCUUUGUCUGAUUAAUGUAAUUGUAAAGAAGGUUAUUAUGAUGAUGGAACUUAAUUAUAAUGCUAAAAAUGCAAUUUUAAAUGUAAAAGUUGUAUAAAUGAUUCAAAUAACUGCUAAAUUUGUUCAAAUUCAAUACGAAGUAAUCCUCCAAUGUGUAAUUGUAUUGAUGGAUAUUAUGAAGAUUUAUAAUUGACAUGUUAAAUGUGUGCAUAUUAAUGUAAUACAUGUGCUACUUAACCAUAAAAUUGUUUGACUUGUAAACCAGGAAGAUCUGGAAAUGAUUGUAAAUGUAGUGAUGGAUAUUUUGAAAAUGGAUCCAUAUUAUGCGAUUGUAUUAAUUAUUAACAAUCUUAUAUAGAAUGUGCAUUUCAAUGUGUUACUUGUAGUAAUUCAUCAUCGAAUUGCAACAAAUGUAAAGGUAAUAGAAUUUAAGAACCUUAAUGCAUAUGUCAACCAGGCUAUUUUGAUGAUCAAUUAAAUGAAGAUUGUUAAUUAUGUGAUAGUUCCUGUUUGGAAUGUAAUAAAAUUGGAUGUCUAUCCUGUAAUGCCAAUAGAAUAAUAAAUGAUGAUAUGGAUUGCAUGCCUCCACCAAAUUCAAUUUGGUAUGAUAAUACUCCUUGGUGUUCAACUUGUUAGGUUGCAGUUAUUAAAGUAUAUUUAUCAGAUGAUCUCAGUAAAAUAAUUAUUCAUUUUGAUUUCCUUUUAAAUUCAAAAUAAUUUAAUUCAUAAUUUGAAUUAAAUAAAUGUUUGUAAUUAUUUGAAUUAGAAUCUGUCUAAAGUUUUGGGUUAAAUUGUUAAUGCUUUCUUGAUCCAGAUGAUAAUCAUCAAUUAUUAAUAUCUUUAGGAGAAAACUCAAAAAUAAAUGUAGGUGAUGAAUUACUAUUUCUAAGUAAUUCUUUAUCUCAUGUUAAUUGUGAAACUACUUUAAAUAAGUUUAUUUUUCCAAAAUUAUAAUUGCCAUUAAACCCAUUGGCUCCAUAAAUUGAGUAUAAUGUACCUUUAUAUAAAUUGAAUCCUUAUACAGAAAACUCAGUUUAUUUGAAAUCAAUAAAAAACUAUGGAUUUAGAAAAUUAACUAAUAUCAACUGGACUGUUUAAGCAGAAACAAGCCAAAUUACAGUAUCCUUGAGCGAUUUCAUUACAUAAAUCAAUUUACUUUAGGAAUAAAAUUUACUUAUACCCAAACUUACAUUACCUGGUGAUGAAAUUCUCAAAUUUAAGAUCUAAUAUGAAAAUUUCAUUAAUAUUCAUUCAUAAUCAGAAUUUACAAUAUAAACUCAUUCAGGAAGCCUUCCAUAUAUUGAAAUAACUGCAAAACCUUAAUAUUUCGUAUAUGAGACGAUUACUAUAAGUUUAUCUGCUAACACUUUAUAUUAAUCAAAUUAAAGUGAUAGUUCUAAAUAUUUAAUUGAAAUUAGUGAAAUUGAUAGAUAUCCUAAAAAGUCAUCGUCUUCACAAUUAAAUAAAUCCAUGUAAUCUAAUCCUUUUGAAAAAAUUUAAGCUAGCAUUCUAAAAUAUACAUUAAGUCCUAAUACAACUUAUACGUUCUAAGUUAAUGCAACAAAUUUAAAUACAAAUAAGGCUCAAUAAUAAAAUUUGAGUAUCUAAAUCCCAUAUGCUGGAUUAAUAUGCAAAUUUAAUAACAAAGAAAUCUAGAGUAUUAGAAAGGAUCUCAAUUUAUAGAUAUAAUGCAGAGAUUUAGACACAAUAUAUGAUUGGAAUACUGAUCCAGAUUUGUAUGUCCAAGUAGCCUGUAAGGAUUUAACUUUAAAUAGCACUUGCAUAAAUUAAUUAAAAUAAUUAAUUAAUGUCAAUGUUACAGAUACAUUUUAAUUUAUUAAGAAGAAUUCAAUUUCUUCCUUAACUGUGUAGGAAUGGUCAGUCAUAGUAACCAAAUUUGACUAAAUUUACAAAUUUACAUAAAUUAUCGUUUUUCUUGAGGAUGAUUUCCCUGUUUUAGAUUUAGAUUUCAAUUAGGGUUAUUUAAUGAGACAAGUUAAUAAUUAUGAAUAGCUGAAUUUUACAUUUCUAAUCCCAUUCAAUUAAAAAUCUUAGUUAUUAGAUCUAUCAAUUGCACUUAUAUAUAACUAUCAGAUAAUAGCAAUACUGUAACCUAAAUAUCUUUCUCAUUAAUUUAAGUUAUUUAAUAGUCUAGAAGAGUUAAAAUUGGGGAAUAACAUUAAUCUUAAAUUUACAGCAUAAUAUACAAACAAUAUCAUGCCUAGUCUAAAUACCAUAAAACUGACUAUUAAUUAACCUCCUAUCUGUUCAAAAUUAACUAUUACUCGUUCUAAUGAUUAAGCACUUUCAAAUAUGAUGGUUACUACUUCUUGUUAAUACUCAGAUGAUUCUCCUUAUAAAGUACGAACUUAGAAUUUUUUGAAAGGUUCAUCUGAUAAUUCCUUAAUUCUUUAUCCUUAUUAGUCAUAAACUCAAUUUUAGAUUUAAAUUUCUUCUUCAGUGGAUUCUUCAAAAAUUGGACUUUUAUUAUAAGUGCUUGAUUAAGGAGGAUCAAUAACUCCUAUUUAUGAGUUAAUUACUUCAACCCCUGCAAAAAUUAAUUGUUCCUAAAUAUAAUUUACAAAUUUGAAAUUGCAAAACAAGAUUUCUUUGUUAUUUGAAGCAAUGAAUUAAAAAUGUAAUGAGUUACAUAAUUAAAUUUAUCUUGAUUUGCUUUACUAAUAAAUUUUGCCAGAUUAAAACGAUAACAUCCUAAAAUUUUAAGCUAUAAAAUUAUAUAGGUAGUUUUUAAUAUAGUUUGGAUAGACCAAACCUAAGAAUCGAUUAUUAUUUGAAUCAAAUUAAAAAGGAUGUUAUGAUAAAAAUUCAAGUCGUUUCUUUAUUACAUAAAAUCAGGAUGAUCCUAAUUCUAAUUCAACAACGAAGAUAGAAGAGUUACAAGAUAAUGUUAAGAAAUUAGAUUCAUCAUUUAAAUAUUUUAGUGGAAUGAAAAAGUAAAGUGAAGAGGGGCUCAAUCAAAAUAAUUAUGUUUGGAAUCAAGAACUUUUCUAAUAACUAUAAAACUUUUAAGGAGGUUUAACCAAUCUAUUAUACUUUGUUGAUGAAUUGUAUUCUAACUUUUUAUCAGCCAAUACAACAAAUACAACAAUUUACUCAAGCAUUGUUGAAUUGUUAAAGUAUAAAAGUUCUAUUACAGAUGAAAUAUAGAAUAAUAUUGUUGUUAAUGACUAACCAUUAUAUAUUGAGGGUAAAGAUAUGAUUUCUUAAUUAAAAAAAAGAACAAAAAAGAUGUUCAAUUAAUAAUUUAAUAUUGAACCAGCAAUUGAAGACUACAUAAUAGAUCUUAUUCAAUAUGAAUCUACAAAUCUUUCAAUAAAUCCAUUAAUAUUCAGUCCAGACUAAGAUAAAAUGCUUUAAUAACAUUUUAACGACAAAACUAUGCAAAUAUUGUCAGAUAAUUAUUACUUAAUAAAAUUAUUCAAUGUUAUUAAAAACAGAUAUAUAACUUAUGAAAAUAUUUCAUCUUACUUUGGCACUAAAUUUGGAACAUAUGAGAUCUGUUCUAAUUAAUCAUAAAAAAUUAAAGAAUAUGAGAUAUUGUGUAUUUCAAGAACAGUCUCUGGAGGAUUCCAUAAAUGUAAUUUAAAUAAAGUAGAAAACAAUGAAACUAUUGAAUUAACUUGUGAAUGCAAGAGUUUGGGGGAAAUAUUUUUAAUUUCUUCUACAAAUUUUAGUUUUGUAGAUGUAUUUAAUAAUAGCACAGAAGAAGCUGGUUUUGAUAUCACUUCAUUCUAAGAUGAUUUCUUUAUUUUAAUUAUUUGUACAAGCUCCUUGACUAUGAUACUAUUCGGAAUUUAUAUUUUUUAAUUAAUCAGGGACUUGAGAGAUAAUUCAGAUGAUGAAAUAUUAUAAGAAGUUUGUAGUGUGUAGGUAGAUAUAAAUAAAAUGAUGUACAAAGGAAGUUCUACACUUUUCAAAUAAAAAUUCAAAGAUAUUCAUCAAGUCAUCUCACUUGCUAAUUAUAAAGAUUAAUAAAUUAAAUUCAGUUAUAGAAUUUUGGAAGUCAUAUCCUAAAUUAAUUUAUUGUUAACUUUUAAUAUUGUAGAGUUUUACUUCUAAAGUCUUAACAUACCCCUGAUAUUUGCUUUUAUGAUCGUUAACCCUAUUAUUGUUUUUAUUCUGAGAAUAAUCUAUAAAAUUAUUGAAACAAUAUACAGAUUCAGAAAUAUUCCUGCAAUUAUUAGUUCGUUCAUUCUAAUCAUAUUAUUGAUAUUGCCGAAUAUUGUCCUCUUUAUUAUUCACAAAACCAGAUUGGAGGCUUAAUCAGAAAUAUAUAUAAUGGUUAUUAUCUUCUUAGUGAAUAUUGUAAUUUAAUAAACUGUGAUUGAAGCGAUUUCAAUAUUCGGAAGAAUUUCAAUUUAUAGAUUAAUAGCCUCGAGCCUCAAAUAAAUGGAACUUAACCCAUUAUUUCAUUUGAUGCAUUUUUUUGUUAUGCACAGCAGUCUAGAAGAUAUUUUCGACGAGUUCCUAAAAAUUUGAAAUGAUAUUUUGAAUUAAAUAAAGAUUAAAAUUUUAUAAUUAUUUUUAAAA